CACUAAAGUGGCUGCAAAAAGAAGCUGGCUACUAAUGGCUGUGACUGUCAUGUGCCUGCUUGGAGUCUUACAGCUUGGAGUCCUUCCUUGUGCCAUGGCCCAGACAGUCAGACUGCCCCUGAAGAAGGUCUAUUUGGAAGACCACAGAGAGAGCAUUGAGUCAGGGAUUGAGACUAUUGAGGAGAGACAUGGAAGAGGUCUAGCUGAAAUUAAUAUAACGAUGACAAACCUCGAUGAUUUGCAAUAUUAUGCAAGUCUUCUCAUCGGAGAUGCUAAAUUCAACCAGACCUUCAUUUGGGAUACAGGGUCUACACUCAUGUGGACUCCUCUAAAUGUCUGUUCUUCGUGCCCAAGCACCAAUAAAUAUACUCCAGCAAGUUCUUACUCCAGUACAGGCACAAGAUCCAUUGUCAAGUACCUCUCAGGACAGGUCGCCGGUGAUGUUGCCAAUGACAAAGUCUAUGUAACCUCUUCUUUAGGCCAUGUAACUAUGGAGCUUCUCGGUGUAGAUACAGCUAAUUCUAUAGGCCAAAACCUAGUCGCUGAUGGGAUUCUUGGAAUGGGCCCAGCCAUUACUGGAGGAAGACCUGGCACUCUCUUGGUGGAGGAACUCUAUAAAGCAGGAAUUAUCGCCAAGAAUGCUUUCGGAGUCGACUACAGAUGGCUAAAUGGCACUUCAUCAAUUCUUCUUGGAGGCUACGACACUGAUCUGAUCAAAAGUAACGAGGAUUUUGAUUGGAUUAGUUUGAGAACUAAUACUCAUUGGACUGUUAAAAUGAGUACUGUCAAGUAUGGAGGUACUGAGCUUAACAUGACAUCUACCAGCGCAGUCCUUGAUACAGGAACAUCUAUGACAAUAUUUCCGUAUCCAGAUUUCAUGAACAUUUGGAAUGAAAUUAAAGACGGCAAAGAUUGAGGAUACUUAUCUGGGACGACUACAUUUGCUUGCUACUGAGACUCGGUUAAUGACUUUAAAGAUAUCACAAUUAAACUUGGAGAGCACGAUACCAAGAUGCCUGGCUCUGCCUAUGCUGAGUUCUAUCCAAGCCUCAUUUCAAAAGAUGUUUGUUUACUCUAUAUAAGCUAUUAUACUGUUGAGUUCGGUAAGGUUUCUCUUAGCUGCUUUUGUCAGAUUUUCCUGUCAGAAGUUUUUACUAAAUUAUUAACCAGUAUGUCGAUCAAACUGAGGAAGUAAAGUUUUUGAUGAUUUUACGAGUUCUUAAUGUUUGGACGACUACAAAAAGUGACUUAUUCGUCUUCCGGCAAAAUAAGGAGCACAAACAGCUUUAAAUCAACCUUGGAGUCCUAUUCAUAGUAUUUUGGCUGAGUCAAGCCUAAAGGGCGGCUUGGUCUAGAGUUCGGGAAGCACUUUGUAAAUACCAAAGUCAAUAGCCAAUUUCCUGUUGAACUCUCAUUAACAAGUUAUAUAGGGGGCCUUGUGAUCCUGGGAGACUCCUUCCUGAGAGAGUACUACGUCUAUCAUGACGCUGAAGGCCAGAGAGUGGGACUGUACGGAAAGAACCAUUCGACCAAUAUAUCUGCAUUCUCAGUUCUUGUGUUUAUUAUGCUAUUCAUAAGUUUUCAUUUUUAAUGUUUGUUUACUUUUCAACCUUGUU